UGCACGACAAACACAGGCACAGUCGAGCGUUUCAAUGAGCUCUUUGUAGGGGGUUGAGGUAUGUAGUGAAAGUCUGCGUGUGUUUGGGUUUUUUCACCAGCAGCUAGUGCAAGAACUUUGGAAGUUUUUAAAGGUGUACUUGUGAACCAAAUUACAAAGACAAUAUAAACAGAAGACAGAAGUGUUCAAAGCACAAAUCUGCUUGUGUUUGGACUGAAAACGAGAGAGAAGGGCAAUGCUAAGUGAAUGGUUUUGGUGGGAUCGGCUUUGGUUACCAAGGCCUGUGACAUGGGUGGACCUACAAGAUGGAGAGGGGCGUGUUUAUGCCCGUGUGUCCCACCUGUACGUCACUAUACCUGUAGCAGUACUGCUGCUAGGGCUAAGGGCAUUAUAUGAAAGAUUGAUCGCUAUGCCACUCGCUAAUGCCCUUGGGGUUAAAGACAAAGUUCGCUUGAGAGCCUCGCACAACCCAGUGAUGGAAAAAUACUUUAACACACACUCGAAACAUCCAACACAGGAAGAUAUAAAAGGUAUUUGUAAGAAGUCUGGCUGGUCGGAAAGGCAGGUGGAACGCUGGUUCCGCAGAAGGAGGAACCAAGACAGACCUGGAUUACAGAAGAAAUUUAAAGAAGCCAGUUGGCGGUUUGCUUUUUAUCUGCUAUCUUCUUUCGGAGGAGUGCUGGCUCUAUAUGAUAAACCUUGGUUUUAUGACCUACGAGAAGUGUGGGCAGAAUUUCCAAAACAAUCACUGCUGGAUUCUCAGUACUGGUAUUACAUCAUUGAGAUGAGUUUUUAUGGAUCUUUAUUAAUCAAUGUGGCUGCAGAUGUGAAACGUAAGGACUUUAAGGAGCAGUUGGUCCAUCACUGGGCAACUUUAACUCUGCUGUCCUUCUCAUGGUGUGCCAACUACAUCAGAAUUGGGACACUGGUCAUGCUCGUGCAUGACACAUCUGAUGUCUUAAUGGAGUCUGCUAAGAUGUUCAACUAUGCUGGAUGGGAGACUACAUGCAACAGUAUCUUUGUAGUUUUCGCUGUAGUUUUUAUGAUAACCAGACUUAUCAUCUUUCCUUUCUGGCUGAUUCACUGUACGUGGGUUUAUCCUCUGGACCAGUUUGAACCCUUUUUCGGCUAUUAUUUCUUUAAUGUAAUGCUGGUGGUCCUGCUGCUGUUGCAUGUGUUCUGGGCCUCCUUGAUUCUUCGCAUGGUCAAAAAGUUCCUUUUCGGAAAACUAAAGGGUGAUGAGAGAAGUGAUGAGGAAGAGGAUGAGGAGGAGUCUGAGGAAGAGCACGCAUGCAAUCAUACUAAUGGAUCUGUGAAAGGACUGUCUAACGGUCAUUGACACAUAGUGAGACGUUUUAUACAUACAGUACAUACACAAUUAACCUUUUAAUGCCAUGCAUGCAUUAAUGUCCAUAUUGGACACAUGAUUAAACUGUGAAUUUUCUUUUUUGCAUAGCCUUUCAUCUUAAGGUGUAAAUAUGUACAAAUGUUGUUGUCAUUCAAUAAAA